CCGCCCUCAAGAAAACCAAUACCCUUUCACAGCUAAAUUCACUCUAUAAAAUCCUCAUUAAAACCUCACAUUUCUUUUCAAUCCUCUCUUCUGUAAAACCCAAAAUGGCUACUUCAUCAUCAUCAUCCUCAUCUUCCAUUGCAAUCUCCCCAAGAAAGCUUCGAUCCGAUCUCUAUUCUUAUUCCUAUAAGAACGAUGGGAAUAACCCAUUGGUGAUCACUGUUCUUGCUUCUCUUAUUGAGAGAACAAUGGUUAGAAACGAAAGGAUUGAUGCCAAGAACUGUGGACGACGGACGUUGAGACAAAGAGAUUUUAGGAGCAAAGUUUUCGAUUGCCGUGAAGCACCGGACAUGACGGUUCAAUGCUACCUAGAGAGAAUUUUCCGGUAUACCAAGGCCGGACCGUCGGUUUAUGUUGUGGCAUAUGUAUAUAUCGAACGGUUUUGUGAGGCAAAUCCUGGGUUUCGGAUUACUGCUCGGAAUGUGCAUAGGCUUCUCAUUACGACCAUGAUGGUGGCUUCUAAGUAUGUUGAAGACAUGAAUUAUAGGAAUUCAUACUUUGCACGAGUGGGUGGAUUGACAACAAAAGAAUUGAACAAAUUGGAGGUUGAAUUAUUGUUUUUGAUGGGUUUCAAGUUGCAUGUAAAUGUGAGUGUGUUUGAGAGUUAUUGUAGUCACUUGGAGAGGGAAGUGAGCAUUGGAGGAGGAUACCACAUUGAAAGGACCAUAAGAUGUGCUGAGGAAAUCAAAUCAAGACAAAGUGAAGCCCAAAGGAUAUACAAUCAAAUUACUCGCAUUUUGUUAUAAUCUACAACUUUAAACCCUUUGCAAUUAGUUGUUUCUAUUUAUUUUUUAUGUACAUAGAUGUAUAAAUAUGUUAUGGUUUGUAGUGGAGAGUCGUUGUAACAGGGGAAUGCGUGAAGAGGGUUUUCUAUAAGCAAGUCCAAUUUCAUGAUUGUAGGUCCAAUUUAAAAUGCGGAUUGGAUUUGAGUUGAAUAUGAUUGUUCCGGGAUUGAUGAAGCUAGAGAGUUGAAAUCAUUUUAACCAGAUAAUAUUUUAAUAUCGAUAAUCAAAA